AUGCCGCGGUCAGUAACAGACGCCACGCGAUUCACCCCCACCACCCCGUUUGCCGAGUCCAAGACGACCCUCCGGAACACCACCAUCGACUUCGGCGGUCCCGCUCCGCCGAAUGAGUCUCCCAAGGAGAAGGUCGUGCGGUUGAGGGAGGCGGCGAGGAGGGCGAAGCUUGCGAAGGAGUCGACGUUCGAUCGGGUUGUGACGAGGGGGCGCGUCGUUGCGGAUUUUGCUCAUCGAGCCACGACGUGGAGUCUGAUUGGCUUAACAUGUAUUGCUUCGGUGGUUACGGUUGCUGCCUUGGUCAAUCUAGCGUACUUCAAUCGAACGAAGAAGGCGGAAUGGCUGGCGAAGCAGAAUGCGAAGCGGGCGAAGGAAUUGGGACUGGCAUAUGAGGCAGAGGCACAAGGCGCGGCUACGAGCGAUCAUAUACUGUUGAUCAGUCAAGAGAGGGCAAAAGCGGAAGCGGAGCGAGACCUUCAAGCACGGAAAGGCCUCCUUGGCCAGGCAAAAGAAUCUCUUUUCGGUGGGCUAGCGAAGGAAGAAUCACCGUCACAGUCUCAGACACCGAUACAAGAUGCGGUGUCACACCUACCCAGCAUACGAGAAGAGAAGUCGGCGAACCAGGCUUCACUAGCCCCGUCGCAGUCCCCGGGACCUCUUGACCAACUGGCCGCGAACACAGCGACCGACCUCUCCAAAACUUCGAAGACCUGGUACCAACGGAUCACGCGGCAAUGAGCACCUCCAUAACUGUAUCUGUACAUGUUCGAUCAAGGCACCACUCGGGACUAGCAAGGGCGGAUAGCAUUGCGCACGGCGUUUGGGGUUGGAAAAUCUACUGGGACCGAGGAGAUAGAGGGACUUCAGUUGGCGCCGACGUGUAACAUAUAUCAUUGAUCGCUCCGGCUAGAUACUGGAAUGUAAUUACGCCUCUCCCGUGCAGUCU